AUGGGAUAUGCUAAUACUCUAACCAACAAUUGGACACUAUCAAAAGUUUUAAAAGGUAUGAAGCGUAUGCUUGGCGUUCCGCCCAAGCCACGUCUUCCUAUUACUACUGCUCUUCUUUUUGGUAUUCGCUCUCGCCUUAACCUAAACUGUAGCUUUCAUGCUUCACUUUGGGCUGUUUGUUUAGUUUCAUUUUUUGGUCUGUUUCGUAAGUCACAUUUAUUGCCAGCAUCUUCUACGAUACUUAAUCCGCUCAGACAACUAGUUCGGUCUGAUUUUACUUUUCAUGAUGACCAUAUUCUCGUUCUAGUUAGAUGGAGUAAGACCAUCCAACUGGGAAAGCGCACAAUUACUGUUCCACUGGUGGCUAUUCCUUCUUCUUCUCUUUGUCCAGUUUGGGCUAUUUUGCAUGCUUUUUCUCUCACUCCAGGUGUUCUGCCUGAUGCUCAAGCCUUUUGUUGGCGCAAAUCCUCGAUGCUACCCAACACUAUAUUGACAUAUCGGACUUUCAUGUCCGUUAUGAAAAAAGUGUUGACAGAGUUAGAGUGUUCUACCUCCCAAUAUGGUACCCACUCGUUUCGCCGUGGAGGUGCUACCUUUGCUUUAGGGGCAGGUAUUCCCCUGGAUGUCAUAUCCUUAUUGGGGGACUGGAAAUCUGGUAGUAUGUUUCUUUACCUUCACAUGCCCCUUGCUCAUCGGCUGUCUGCCCAACGACUUAUGGCAUCACACCUUGCAUGACAUAUUUUAUUUUAUUUUAUUUUCUACUACUACUUUGGAUUUGGACUCUAUGUUUUGACAUAUUUUACGUUGUGAGCUAUGCUAUGUAUAUAUAUAUUUUGUUCGCGCUUAUUAAUAUUAUAUAGAGAUGUGUUAUUUCCUUGUUUUUUUUGUUGCUUAUAUUAUGUGUUCUACUUUCAUUUCAUGCUUGUAUAUAUUUUCAGCCAUUACUAUAUAAGUUUUGUAACUUUUUUCCUAUCUGCAGCAAUAGAACUGUACUCUACAAUGAUGAGUUUUUAUGUGUGAGUUUAAAAACAAAAACAAACAAAUCAAAACAGUUUUUUAACUUUAUCAAGAUUUAUUAAAUAAAUUUUUGGCAGAAAAACAAUAACGGUUUCGCUUUCUUUUCAUCACACGCAUUGAAAGAUUACAUCACUCACUCCCAUUGUACACAAUCUAAAAGGAAAAGAAAACAUUUUGAUAUAGUGAAGUUUCCAGCGCCUUUAAGGGAUGGCCAAGUCAAUGGAAUUGAAAGUGCUGUUUUUCAUCAUCACUAUAGAUCUAUAGAAUAGUACCAUGGUUAGGAUAAAAUGACUGAGAAAUGGUUUAUCGUAAAUAAAAUGGUAAAUUUUACACAAAUAAUUUUAAAAAUAAUGAACUUUUUGAUGUAGGUUGUUCUCAAACACACGUGGUGGUGGUGGACAAGAAACUGUGAUGUAAUUUCCCUUGGUUAUUCCUGAGAAUAUUCUAAAACAAAAGGGGGGGGGCACAAGCCCACAUAUAUAAAGGCGAGUUCGGGCGACUUUUCCAAUAAAAUUAGCGGUGGGCGGUGGACAAGA